AUGCCGAGCCCGGCGUGGGGCAGUGGGGAACAGAGGCCCAGCCCCCCGCCGCAGGCCGGGCCCCCGCCCCCGCCUCCGGAGCGCCGGCCCGAGGGCCCCUCCCCGGGCGCCCCGCCCCCAGGGAGCGCCGAGCUGCCGCGGGCCGCUGCCCCGCGGAGCGGAGAGGGGCCCGGCCCCCAGGAGCCAGGCCGCUUUGACUCAGAGCUGGAGCACCCGAGCCAGGAACCCACCCGACCCCGGCCGGGCUCCCGGCGGCACCUGCUAGCAACCGAGCGCGCCCCCGUGCGGCCGCGGGCGGGACUGCGGCCCGAGAGAGGAAGCGGCGGCCAGACCCGCAAGCCCAGCCACCCAGCCGCUCGCGGUCCCUGCGGGGCCGCCGCCCCCGCCCUCCCCAGCGGGGCUGAGCGCCUUGCCCCUGGGGCUUCCACUUCCGCCCGGCCCUCCCCGCCGUCUCCCUCCCGCGUCCGCCCGGGCGGAAGUGCGCCGGCCUCCCGGGUCCCCCACGGCCGCGAGGCGGAAGCGCGCCGCGACCGCCGCUCCCCCCCCGGCCCCGCGGCGCACUGCGCGUCGGGUUCCGGACGGGUCCCGUGUGACGUGGCCGCGCGCCGGGGGCGGCUCUGGGCUGGGGGGCCGGGAGGCCGAGCCGGGCGGGGCAGACCCGGGGCGGGGCGCGGCGCCGCUGCUGGAUGGCCGGGGCCGCCCGGAGCGCCGCCGCCGCCGCCGCUGCACGACUGCGGUCCCCGCACCUCUGCGUGUCCCGCCUUGGCCUCCAAGUCUGGCUUGGCCCAGUCCUGCCUUUGGCCCCCAGGGAGCCCCGGCGGGGUUCGUCAGGGUCCCCCGUAA